AUAAAAUUAAUAUGUCUAUUAAAUUAAAUCAGAAAUUAAAAUAUUAAAUUUACUAAUUGAUACAAAUUGAAUGCUAUAAAUAUGUAUUUAAUAAGAAAAAAAAAUUGCAAGAACCUCAGCACGAAGGACCACUGAAAUCAGUAAAGAGAAAGACUACACAGACAAACAUCUCGCCUAUUUAUAGAUGAAGUUGCUUAUCAUUGAGCCUCGUGCAAAUUAAACACACACUUCGAUUCAUUUUAGCAAACUUUUUUUUUUUUAAAAAAAAAGUGAGAAGAAUGAGGGGAAGUGUGAUGGAUCAAGAAUUCCAAGUUCAAGAAAUUUGCGAAUCUAUUAUUGUUACUUGCAAUGAUGCAGGUGAAGAGCUAGAUGAUGAUGGCAAACCCAGAAGAACCGGGAAUAAGUGGACUGCAAGUGCACAUAUAAUAACAGCAAUAAUAGGGUCAGGAGUACUGUCACUAGCUUGGAGUAUGGCACAACUUGGAUGGAUCAUUGGAGUAGGCACUCUCUUAUCUUUCUCUUGCAUUACCUAUUACACCUCCGCUCUCCUCGCAGAUUGUUACAGAUGCCCAAAUUCCCUAACCGGGAAAAGAAACUACACUUACAAGGACUCUGUUCGCUCCUACUUGGGUGAAAAUAUGCACAAGGCUUGUGGGUUUGUUCAAUGUAUAUUCCUAAGUGGGUCUACAAUUGGUUAUACAAUUACAGCAUCUAUAAGUAUGGUGGCUAUAAGGGAAUCAAAUUGUUAUCAUAAGCAAGGACAUGAAGCUUCUUGCAAGUAUUCAAGUAACUGGUACAUACUUGGAGUGGGGAUUGCUGAGAUAUUCGUGUCUCAAAUCCCAAAUUUUCACAAGCUUUCGUGGCUUUCCAUGGUUGCUGCUCUUAUGUCUUUUACUUAUGCAUCUAUUGGGCUUGCACUUGCAUUCACCAAGGUUAUCUCAGGAGAAGGAGGAAGAACAAGUUUGACAGGAACAGAAAUCGGGUUGGAUUUAACAAAAACAGAUAAGAUUUGGAGCAUGUUUAGAGCAAUCGGUGAUAUGGCAUUUGCCUGUGCAUACUCUCCCAUUCUGAUUGAAAUCCAAGAUACACUAAGGUCGUCACCACCAGAAAAUAAAGUGAUGAAGAAAGCUAAUGGAAUAGCUGUAUUGACAUCAACAAGUUUCUAUUUGAUGUGCGGUUGCUUUGGCUAUGCUGCUUUUGGUAACAAUGCACCAGGCAACUUGCUUACUGGCUUUGGAUUUUACGAACCCUUCUGGUUGAUUGACUUGGCCAAUCUUUGCAUUGUGGUUCACCUUUUGGGUGCCUACCAGGUACUAUCCCAGCCUGUAUUCAGCACAGUCGAGACAUGGAUCAGAACAAAGUGGCCCAAAUCCAAAUUUGUAAUGGAGGAGUACCCACUAAGUAUUGGGAAGAGAAAUCUCAAUUUCAAAGUCAACUUGUUAAGGGUAUGUUGGAGAACAGGAUUUGUAGUGGUGGCAACUCUGCUUGCAAUGGCAUUACCUUUCUUCAAUGACAUACUAGCACUCCUUGGAGCCCUUGCCUACUGGCCCAUGACUGUUUUCUUCCCUUUAGAGAUGUACAUUUCUCAAAACCAAAUUAAACGACAUAGCGUUAGGUGGUUCUGGCUUGAGCUUUUGAAUUUGGUUUGCUUCCUUGUUACUAUAGGUGUGGCAUGUAGUGCUAUCCAAGGUCUAAAUCAAGGUCUCAGAACCUACAAGCCUUUCAAGUUUUAAAAUUUGCAACCCAUAUCCUUGCUAUUAGUUGUAUAACUAAAUUUGUAAUCUCUAUCUCUUUAAAAGGUUGGAAGAGAUUAAUAAGUAGAGGCUAUAGCAAAUGCCAGGCACACACCCUUUUUUGUUUUCCUUCUCCUGUGUCUUCUGAUUAUAUGAUAUCAUGAUGCAUGUUUCCCUA